CGUGUUUCACAUUUUUAAUCCCGCAAGGGAUUGCGCUAACAGCUUUUCACUCUGAUAUCAACCAUUCCAAAAUACUUACUUUUCAGAUCCUCCUGAACAUAUCCAUAACAUGCGAGCUUAUAGAAGACUUCUCAGAACAAGUACUACAUAAGGAUUAUAACAUGAUCCUCAUAGAAGAUACACAUUAUUUUUAGAUUUUCAGAUUUUGACAGAGUAUCUUAUUUAGUCAUCAAGAUUCUCUUCGAGGACCCUAAUACAAUGGUCUGAAGAUGGUGCUCAUCAAAAGUUAAAAAUAGCAUUUUAGAACACUUUCUUUUCAAAACCCAUAAAAUCCAUAGAUCCCAAUGUUUUUCACUGGAGAGUUCCGUUCGGAUUGACAUCCAUCUUUUCAGCAUUUGCAAAAGUAGAAGCCCUCUCAGAUUACAUAGAUUCGGGUGGAGUCCUCUCAACUUUGUUCAGGUUUCGCCUGUAUCCCAGCCUUCUCACGAUCCUACUCAGAGUACAUCACGAUUGUUCUUCGAACAGGUUGACAUAACUUAUCAAAAGUCUUAUAAAAUUUCACCGGCAUUCUCUAUGCAAAUACUUAGGAGAUUCUUCGGCAGAUCUACAUUCAUCAUACAGGGAAUCAUGUAUCCUUUAGGUUUCCUAAAAAACAUAGGGAUUAGGUUUGAUAUUUUGUUGUUCAACGAUUCGAUAUUCUUCUCACAAGAUACAGAUAGAAUCUCCUCUUAUAUUCAUAUAAAUGAUCAUUCUGCCAAAAAGAUUCUGAAUUCUUGCAAUUCUGAAAAAAAUCCUCAGAUCCUUAUGUUUUUCUAUCAAAAACUCACAUGGAAUUAGCAUUACUCUUUCUUCGAGAAUCUCCUUACAGCAAUCUCCACGUGUUAUUUUUAUGAUGAAAAAGAUCUUGGCAAAAACUAGAAGUAACAUAGAUGUAAGAAUCGUUACCAAAUCAUUUUUUUCUCAUAAGAAACUAGGAAAAUAUUUCUGAAUUUUUAUCUGUGGAAUGAGCAUUCUCAAAGACGAAUGUCAUAUUUGUAGCGCUUGCUCUUACGAGAGACAAGAUCCCUUCGACAACGACGAUUCCUUUUCUUUUUCGUUCAUUGUAGUAAUUCCCAAUAUUCCAGCCGAUGCCCGAUGGGCACAGAAUGGAGUGACCAUUGCUGGAGGUCAUGGAUCAGACAGUGUCACCAAUCAAUUCUACUACCCUCAAGGUCUCUUCGUUGAUGAUGAUCAAACGAUGGUCAUCGCUGACUUCACCAAUAAUCGUAUCAUCCAAUGGAAGAUGGGUGAUACGAAUGGACAAGUAGUAGCUGGUGGCAAUGGCCAAGGAAAUCGAUUGGAUCAAUUGAAAGGUCCAACCGAUGUGUUGAUUGACAAAGAGACGGAUAGUCUCAUUAUUUGUGAUUGGUUGAAUCGACGAGUUGUACGAUGGUCUCGUCGUAGUGGUACAACUCAAGGAGAAAUUCUCAUCGGCAACAUCCUUUGCUAUGGAUUGGCCAUGGAUGAUCAGAGAUAUCUCUACAUCUCUGACUACGUCAAAAAUGAAGUAAGACGAUAUCAAAUAGGAGACAAGAAUGGAACUCUUGUAGCUGGUGGCAAUGGCCAAGGUACUGGUCUCAAUCAGCUCAGUGUGCCGACCUACAUCUUUGUCGAUCAACAACAGACUGUCUACGUGUCAGACAACAACAAUCAUCGUGUAAUGAAAUGGAAUAAAGAUGCAAAAGAAGGAAUUGUCGUCGCUGGAGGUCAAGGCGAAGGGAAUGCUCUGACACAAUUGUCGUAUCCUUACGGACUGUUCGUCGAUACGUUGGGUACCAUCUAUGUGGCAGACUCGUGGAAUCAUCGAGUGAUGCGUUGGCCUAAAGAAGCGAAACAGGGCACUGUCAUUGUGGGUGGAAAUGGUGGAGCAGGAGCAAAUCAGUUCAACUGUCCCCGAGGUUUGUCCUUCGAUCGACAUGGCAAUCUCUAUGUCGUCGAUGAGCGGAAUCAUCGUGUUCAACGUUUUUCAAUCGAAUAG